AUGGGAGCAGCAGGGCAGUUUGCUCUGGCGCUUGCUGUGUCUCAUUUGGCUCGGUGCCUCUUUGGUCUCGCGUCCUCGCUCCCCAUGGGUGCAACAGAGCCGUUCGCUCUGGCGCUUGCUGUGUCUCAUUUGGCUCGGUGCCUCUUUGGUCUCGCGUCCUCGCUCCCCAUGGGCGCAACAGAGCCGUUCGCUCUGGCGCUUGCUGUGUGUGUCUCAUUUGGCUCUGUGCCUCUUUGGUCUCGCGUCCUCGCUCCCCAUGGGCGCAACAGAGCCGUUCGCUCUGGCGCUUGCUGUGUGUGUCUCAUUUGGCUCUGUGCCUCUUUGGUCUCGCGUCCUCGCUCCCCAUGGGUGCAACAGAGCCGUUCGCUCUGGCGCUUGCUGUGUCUCAUUUGGCUCUGUGCCUCUUUGGUCUCGCGUCCUCGCUCCCCAUGGGCGCAACAGAGCCGUUCGCUCUGGCGCUUGCUGUGUGUGUCUCAUUUGGCUCUGUGCCUCUUUGGUCUCGCGUCCUCGCUCCCCAUGGGUGCAACAGAGCCGUUCGCUCUGGCGCUUGCUGUGUCUCAUUUGGCUCGGUGCCUCUUUGGUCUCGCGUCCUCGCUCCCCAUGGGUGCAACAGAGCCGUUCGCUCUGGCGCUUGCUGUGUCUCAUUUGGCUUUGUGCCUCUUUGGUCUCGCGUCCUCGCUCCCCAUGGGCGCAACAGAGCCGUUCGCUCUAGCGCUUGCUGUUUCUCAUUUGGCUCUGUGCCUCUUUGGUCUCGCGUCCUCGCUCCCCAUGGGCGCAACAGAGCCGUUCGCUCUGGCGCUUGCUGUGUCUCAUUUGGCUCGGUGCCUCUUUGGUCUCGCGUCCUCACUCCCCAUGGGUGCAACAGAGCCGUUCGCUCUAGCGCUUGCUGUUUCUCAUUUGGCUCUGUGCCUCUUUGGUCUCGCGUCCUCGCUCCCCAUGGGCGCAACAGAGCCAUUCGCUCUGGCGCUUGCUGUGUCUCAUUUGGCUUUGUGCCUCUUUGGUCUCGCGUCCUCGCUCCCCAUGGGUGCAACAGAGCCGUUCGCUCUAGCGCUUGCUGUUUCUCAUUUGGCUCUUUGGUCUUGCGUCCUCGCUCUCCAUUGGAGCAACAUUGCAGUUUGCUCUGGCGCCUCUUUGCUCUAA